UUUGGUUCUUCAACAUAAUUAGGCUUUAUAUGGUACUUAAAUUCUAAUUAAUAUAGCAUAAGGUAGUUGGACCUUAAUUAUUAAUUUAUUCAAUCCACAUCCGCACUGUCUUUCGCUGAUGGUAGCCGAAAUAUUCCGGCAAUGGCGACAACGAUGAUCUCUGGACUCGUCAUUUCGGUUCUUGUUCUUUUGAUGGUGAUGGUGGUGGAAUCGAGCGACAACAACCACGUCUACUCGCCGUGUGGGGACACGACUGUGCAGGCGUCGGACGGAUUUACUUUCGGGAUCGCGUUCGCGUCGAGGACAUCGUUCUUCUACAACAGUUCCCAGCAGCUAUCUCCCUGCGACCGUAGACUUUCGCUCUCAUCCUCCAACUAUCAGAUCGCCAUUUUCCGGCCCAAAGUCGACGAGAUCUCUCUUCUAACAGUCAAUAGCUCUUCCUUCUCUCCGGACUCAUAUGGUGGGUAUAUGGUUGCAUUUGCUGGUCGAAAGUAUGCAGCAAGGUCUAUCCCUGCUUUUGUUGCGAACACUACAUACACUGUAACCAGCUUUACACUUGUUCUUGAGUAUAAGAAGGGCAGGUUGCAAAACUUGUAUUGGAAAAGGGACGGGUGUGCCAAGUGUUCUGGAAACUCUAACUUUGUUUGUCUGAACGGUCAGGAUUGUGCAAUCAGAACAUCAAACUGCAAAAACCAUGGAGGUUCUGUCGAUUGCAGCCUUGGAAUACAAUUGGCAUUUUCUGGCACAGAUAAACACUUUUCUGUUUUCAACUCUUGGUAUGAAGUGGAGAACCUUCGCCAAUAUUCACUUUAUGGGCUUUAUUCAAAUCUUAGGGAUUCUCUCACUAGCCAAUAUAACAAUUUCUUCUAAUUUUUUGUGUGUGGGUGCUGUUUGUAACUGGCAUGUUCUUAUUCUUUUCCUUUUGUCCUUGGUUGUCCUCUAUCUUCAUUUUUCCUGCAGAAUCUUCUCUCAUUUUGCAUGUUGUAGUUUGAUCUUGCGGUGUGUACAUUUUUGUACUUGAUGAUUGUAAUUUUCAUUUUCAUGUCAAUUGAUUAGAAACUAUCCUAGUAUCCUAUAUACAGAAUAACUAUGUAUGU